AUGCCGAGCAUAUUUUCCUACCAGAGUGCCGAGGUGGAUUGGUGUGAGAGCAACUUCGAGCGCUCGGCGGUGAUUGCCGAGUACUACAACACCAUCAGCAAUGUGAGCUUCUUUGUGCUGUCUCCUGCGCUGCUGUACCUCAACAGGCAGUACUGCCAGAAGAAGGCUGUGCCCCUCUACUUUGUCUCAGGGCUGCUCCUCCUCGUAGGUCUCUUCUCCAUGUACUUCCACAUGACCCUGAGCUACGUGGGACAGCUCUUGGAUGAGCUCUCCAUCCUCUGGACACUGGCUGUGGCUUAUUCCUUCUGGUACCCACAGGCUUACUUCCCCAAGUGCAUCAAGACCAGGAGGCAUUUCUUCUGGCUGACUGGUAUCACCACCGUGAUCAGCACCCUGAUGUCUUUUGUCAAGCCCACCCUCAAUGCCUACGCGCUCAACUGCAUCGCCUUCCACCUGCUGUACCUGACCUGGAAGGAGCUCAAGAAGUGCAAUGACAAGCGUGUUCACCGGAUGGCCGCGGUCAUGGUGAUGUGGUGGGCACUGGCCAUCACCAGCUGGAUCAGUGACCGCUGGCUCUGCUGGCUCUGGCAGGCCAUCAACUUCCCCUACUUCCACAGCUUCUGGCACGUGCUGAUCGCCUUGUCCCUGCUGUACUGCUGCCCGCUGGUCAUCUACUUCGACGUCAGCUACGAGAUGCCCUCGUUCAAGCCAAAGCUGGAGUACUGGCCCAGCGACUCGUGGCCUGUCGUGGUGCCCUACGUCACCCUGGAGGAGCCCCACAAGCAGUGCUAG